AAACUGCUGGUGGACAUCUAGGCUAUUUCACUGUGCUACACACAACACAGCUGUACUGAUUCAGUGAUUGUGCGUUACCUGCUGCGCUGAUUGCUGAGACAAAGUUCCGUGUUUUGUAGCACCGCAAGGCGGGUUUACCUGACCAGACAGCAUGAGUCGCAAGUAUGACAUCGUUGUUUUCGGAGCUACUGGAUUCACUGGGCAACAUACUGUUGAAGAGAUGGCUCGCAUCGCAGAAGAAGAAUCCCUGGAGUGGGCCAUUUCGGGUCGGAAUAUAACAAAAUUACAAGGGGUGAUUUCCAAAGCUUCUGAGCGAACAGGAAAACGAUUGGAUGAUGUUCCCAUCAUCAUUUCAGACAUAAAUAGCUCGGAAUCCCUGGUCACAAUGGCUCAGCAAACAAAAAUUGUUCUGAACUGUGUUGGUCCUUAUCUUCUAUUUGGAGAACAAGUUGUGAAAGCCUGCAUUGAGGCUGGAACUCACCAUCUGGACGUCAGUGGAGAACCACAAUAUCUAGAAAAAAUGCAGCUUCUGUACAAUGCAAAGGCAAAGGAGAAUGGGGUGUUCAUCAUCGGUGCAGCUGCCUUCGAUAGUGUUCCGGCUGAUAUGGGUGUUCUUCACAUGCGCCAACAGUUUGGUGAAGGUGAGCUUACAAAUGUGGAAGCUGUCCUCAAUACUCAGCAUGGACCUGAGGGCGGGGCACUGAACACAGGUACAAUGGAGUCUGCAAUGUGCGCUAUCGCUAAUGCAAGCGAGGUAGAAAAAUUGAGGAGAUCGUUAUUUCCUGAGCCUCUACCAAAGCUGGACUAUUAUCUCCCAAAAAGGUUACCCUUUACCUACAGUAAAGAAACCAAAAAGUGGGUUUUGCCAUUCCCUGGGACAGAUGAGUCUGUGGUGAACCGAACUGUGCGAGAACUGUUGGCUAAUGGCAGGCUGGAAAAACCAAUUGAAUUCGUGACCUACAUUGGAUGCCAACGCUACGUAAAUGUGGUCAAACUGGUGGCUUUUGCAGCGUCUUUUUCCGUUUUUUCCUACUUCAGAAUUGGCCGUUAUCUGUUUUCAAAGUACCCAGAUACUCUAUCCUCUGGCUUCUUCAAAAGUGAAGGUCCAUCACAAAAGCAGAUCAAUGAAUCAACUUUCACGAUGGAAUUCAUUGGCUAUGGCUUCUCUGAAGAGUCCAAAGGAAGUGGGAGUAAAAAGCCGGACAAAAUUAUUCAGACCAAAAUCUCUGGUCCAGAUUUGGGCUAUGGAGCCACACCUAUCUGUUUGAUCCAGUGUGCAGUGACACUGUUAAAAAGUCGAGACAAGAUCAGGCAAAAAGGUGGUGUCCUGACACCAGGGAGUGUCUUUAUUGACACAGACUUGAUUGCCAGAUUGGACAGGCAUGGAGUAAAGUUUUCUACAGUUGCCACAGGUGCUGGCACAGACGCAGACACAGAUACCGGGAACAAAUAAAGCUGCAUAAGGUGGAAUGUUAUUAAUUGUUAUGCUCUGCUGAAUUUCUGAAACAGGAAAUUACUAUAGACAUCAGGAAUUGCUGUUGUGGCAAAAUACGGGACAGAUUGAGUUGAUAUUAACAGACAUUAUGCAAAAUCGUUUGAAUGCCUCCAUUAUGCUAUUUUUUUGGGCAUUUUGACCAAAAUGGACAUGGUCAUUUCUGGCUUUAGGCCCACAGUAUUAUAUUUGAACAUUAGUCAUGCCAUAAAAUAAUCUUAACAAGAGUCACAAAGUCAUUGAAGUCAUCGAGGGCAAAAGCUCUUUUUUCUACCUCUGAAUUUUGUUUUCCCUUGUUUUCUUAAAUCUAAAUAGAAAAGGUUUUUGUUUGUUCCCUUUUUUUUGUGGAGUCUUUUUUUGUUUUGUUUUACUGUAAUCACAGCAGCUUGAUUUUCCCAUUCCAAUGCUUUUCUUCCUUUUUCUAUGUUUUUGCCUGUGGGUUUUUCCAAUUUGUUUUCAUUCGUUUGACACAUCAAUUUUUAAUUUUGUAUUAUGAGGUCUGCAGUAUGCGAGAAAAUUCUGACACAAGUAGGCCUAUAUUUUUGAUGGUGCAGAGAUUUUUACUUUUUACAAACCAUGGUCAUUUUUAGUUUCACUGUCAUGUACUAACCUGUUAUACAGUCGAGCCUGCUCUAACGGCCACCUGUGCAAGAUGAUCCUCUGUAAAACAACCACUUCCCCCUUUGAGGUUUUUUUCUGUGUUAUAAAACUGUCCAAGAUGUCCACCUGUAUGAGACGACUUCUCCUCGACAAUGAGUGGGCUGUCUUGGACAGUUUGGACUGUAUUUGUUCUGUGUUCAGAUUUGCUGACCAGCUAGAGUGAGUAGUGAGGCAGGAGACUUUCUUGCAUAGAUAGCCAUUGAGCUGUUGAAUAGUGGUUGAGGAAAAGAUAAAUUGUGCAAAGUUGAUGGUGCUGAGAAAACUGUCAGUUGUUUACCGUAUUUUGAUUUCUUCUUGUGUGCAAGGCAAUAUUUUGCACUUUUACCAUGAUUUUGAAAAAGAAUUCAACCAAGCUUUUGCAAAUUGUCUGUUGAGAAAUUCGUUGCUUCCUCUUUUUCAUCUAUGUACCCCUGCUAGAGCCCUGUGGGCAACUGACUGUCGGAUCUUUAUGGACAUUUUUUUCUACUUAAUAAAACGUAACAUCAUCCCCUGCCCGACAGGUAUCCACCAGACAUUUUUAAGGUACUCUAGACUGAUGAGUUUUAGGGAUGAAUUAAUUUUUAAUUCUGCCUCGGGAGCAACACUAAGGGCCUAAAGGAUUUUAAAUCCUCUAAGAGAUCUUUAAAUGCUUGGCUACUCUUGAAUCAGGAGUUGCAGAAAACAUGAGAAAAAAACCUGAUGCUGAUGUGGAACGAACUCCAGACCUCCAGGUUGACAGGCCAACACCAUAUCUAUUGAGCUACUGAACACGACUUAAUGCAAAUAUUAUCUAGUUUACCCUGACCGCUCUGGCAUGGACAAUAAUGCUGAUCCUGACGCUGCCACACCAAAUGGUGAACAACUUAAACUGGUAUUUCAUCUGAUAUUUUGAAGACGCUUCACAAUAUUCUUAGAUAUUAUAAUCAAAAAUAUAUACAUUGUAAAAUGUGACUUUUGUCUUUGUAUGUGCAAUCUUGGUAUAUCAUUCCUGGAUAUUAUUAAAUAUAGAUACUUUUGUAAAAUGUUACUUUGGUCUUUGUCUGUGCAAUCUUGGUUGGUAUAUGUUAACAUUACACAACUUUGGUCAAUAAAUACCAGGUUUGGCUACUUUACAGGAUUAAAUUCAGAAUGAUUUUGAA